CAUUACAACACAAUGCAGUGAUGUAAACGAGGUGAGAACGUAUCUCGAACAAGACCCAAAAUCGCGUGCUACAAAAACAUUGCUAUUAGGUUACAUGUUAAAAAUACAUAAUUGUUUAAUAUUUUGUUAUGUACUAGCUUAAAUAAAUUAUAAAAAUGAGCAAGUCAAGUGUAAGGAAACGUGAUAUGAAUUCAAAGGAAUUUACAGCGCAUAAAAAGUGUUCAAAGAAACGUGCAUCUACGAAGACAUUGUACAAUCAAAAAUUUACUGCACCUUUAAAAAAGAAACGGAAAAAUCAGUAUGAUCCAAAAGAAGAAUCCAGGUUAGAAAGGAUCGUGUUUGGUGAUCCAAGCGACAUCAUCAACAAUUUAUUGAAUGACGAGAUCGAUACCGAGUCAAACGAAAGUAAAAGUAUUAAUGUUAACGAUAGCGUCUUGGUAGACAAUGAUCAAAAUGAAGAUUCUGAUGGACAAAGAGACGAUAAUGUCGAUGUAGACGGUCAGAGGAAACAAGCAUGGACCGACGAAGACGACGAACAAUAUUCAGUACAAGCAGCUACAAAGGCACAGAAUCGGGAAUUACCUGCUGAUAUUCCAGAAAAACUGUAUAAAGAUUUUCUACAUAGCAAGUAUAAACAAUUAGUGGGCACACCAAAAUGGGCUGAAUUUAAAAAGUCAGAAGGAGACACAGACGAAUUAGACCAUGAUAUAUUAAAGCACAGUUGCCAUUUGGAGAAACCAAAACUAAAAAAUUUACCCAAGAGUAUAAUUGAUAUAAAAGCCUUAAAUCUGAUUAAUAAACAAACACACAUAGAAGGACCCAUUAUAUCAAGUGUAGAAUUUCAUCCAUCUUCAACUGUAGCAUUGGUAGCUGGUUCUUCCGGUAUUCUGUCUCUCUUUCAAAUAGAUGGUAUAGAAAAUAAUAAACUACAUUCUACGCAAUAUAAAAAGUUUCCUAUCAGUGUUGCAAAAUUUUUGGGAGAUGGUACAGAAGUUUUAAUUGGUUCUCAGUAUUAUCCAUAUUGUCACUCCUAUAAUCUCAUUAGUGGAAAAACACAUAAAGUUUUAUUGCCACAUGGAGUAACAAAUAUACAGGAUUAUGAAGUAUCCCCAGAUGGAAAGCUGAUUGCUUUCGGUGGCCGAUCGGGAGAAAUUUAUUUAUUAUCAAGUUCAUCGAAGGAAUUGAUUGGUAUUUUGAAGAUGAAUGAAAGGUGUAGAGCAAUAUGUUUCACACCAGAUAGUAAGACACUGGUUUCACACGGUGAUAGUACAGAAAUGUACAUUUGGGAUGUAAAUAGUCGUUCGUGUAUACAUCGUGCUAUAGAUGAUGGAUGUCUAUCUUGUGCAUCUAUUGCAAUGUCUCCAAGUGGUCAGUUUUUGGCUACAGGUAGUAAGGAGGGUGUUGUUAAUUUAUACGAAACGAUGACUGUGUUACAAAAUCAAAAUCCUGCUCCCUUAAAAGUUUUUCUAAAUCUGGUAACAUCGGUUACUAAUUUAAAGUUCAAUUCCUAUUCAGAGAUAUUAGCAAUGGCUUCGAAUAAAAAGCAUAAUGCAUUUAAACUGGCACAUUUACCGUCGUUUACCGUCUUUUCGAAUUUUCCUACAUUUGAAACAAAUAUGUCAAUGCCCGAAGCCAUCAGCUUUUCUCCAGGCAGCGGUUAUUUAGGUAUUUCUAAUAGAUCUGGAAGUGCCUUUUUAUACAGAUUAAAACAUUAUGGAAAUUAUUAGAUAUAACGAAAUUUGUAUGAUAUAUAAAGAUAUUAAAAAAAUUUGAAUAAGUAUGCAUUAAUUUAA